AUGUCAAAAAGAGCUGCGAUUGCGAGGGUGACAGGAUCUACGAGAGCCCAGGACGCUUCGGCACAUCCUCUUCUGCGAUCACAGGCAGUAUCUAUGCUUGCCCAGCAUUUGAUGGAGUGUAUUGGCUCUAUCUCGGGCAGGAGAACUAAACCUUCCCGAUCUGCUUGUGCUCAACUGGCUGUACAGGUCCUUGUUGUCGCAGCAGGGCUUCGACGAGCAGCCUUGGUGGAUGCUUUGAGUCUGACUGUUGAUCAAGCUUCCGCAUUCGGCACGAGGCUAGCAGCUCUGAGCCAGCUGCCCGAAAGCUAUGACCUCCGCGAGGUGCGUUUGCUCUUCCACGCUCCCACUUCUCAAACCUUCAUACUUAGCCGAAGACAGAGCCUCUGGACAGAUGUUCUGAGCUUGACAAAUAACGUCUCCUUACAUCCACGACCAGAACAAGUGCUUUGGGUCGAUGUUCGCCUUACUGCUGAGCACCAGCUGCCAAGCCUUUCCGCGCCCGACACACACGGCUGCCAUCUCAUCGCUGCAGUCCACAUCAGCAUCUCGGAGGAUGACUCUGGCGAUAUGCUUGUCGUGUCGCAGUCUCACUCAGCCCACAACAACACGCUUUUACAUAGCCGGAACGAUGCUCAGCUCGUCGGCGUAGCACUAGCUGGCUUCUUGUUAGAGUAUGGUGCGAUCUACUGUAUCCACGAUUUGACGUCGCGAUUUCAAGCUGAACAGAUCCGUUACGAGGUACGGCCUUUCCGAUCUCUCGAGCAGGCUCCUAUCGUAGCGGACUUUGCGGCUUCUCCGACCAACUGUCUGGGAAUGCAGCCACUGAUUCUGUUCAGGGUGAUGUGGUACCAAGCGUCCGACAGCCAAUUCGAAUUGCUCGCCUUCUCCAUUCCGCAGUGCUUCAGUUCAGACGAAGACACGCAACAUCGUCGCGCAUCUCUACUCAAAACAUUCCAAGCUCGAGCUAGCAAUGUGAGCGCAUCAAGCAUCUUUGCAAGCGGUCAAAUAGCUAUCGAUACGUCUCGCGUCACCUUGUCGCAAGUUGCACUGUAG